AUGGAAAAAACAGUAAGAGACGAAAAGUAUGACGAACAACUUGAGCGUGUUUUUGCUUUUUGUGAUAAAGAUAAAUCAGAACAAACUGUUCCAGUAUCAUAUUGGAAAGAAUUGAAAAUUGGUUUAUUUACAAUAUUAAAAUUAGUUGAUGAUACAGAUAAACCACCAAAAUUUCGAUUAAUGUUACGUGUUAAAAAUAAAAAUAAUAUUGAUGAUU